CUUGCUAGUCACCACAUUCGUCUUUUUAUCAUUUAAUUGAAUAUUUGUGGAAGUGAAUGAAAAAGUGAAAUUAGAAGACAAAGUCAUAGUAAGAAAUUUAAGGAAUUAUUAUAAAGUUCAUGCUCUCUUCAGAAAAGAAAGAGUAUAAAUUUCAGAAAAUUGAGAUUACUAGACAUAGAUAUGUUUAGUUUUAGAAGAAUUUUACUGACUCACAAGAAACUUCGUUUGAUCUGUACACAGCUACCCGCUUUUAAAAUAAACUGGGAAUAUGUGGGAAAUUCGGGGAACGUUCGAAAUUUUAGUAAUUUACUAUUGAGAAGAAAAUUUACCCUUAGUACAAAUAAAUCUAAUUUAAGUUUCACCAAUUCAGUUAUUCGUAAUAUGUCUUCCGCCAACACUGCCCAUUUUGUUUUGCCCAAUACGCAGCCGAUUGCAGAUUUGGAGUGCAAAAAUGCCUUUUCGGGUCUAACUGACAAGGAAAAACUCUACGCGCACUACUUCAGUAAAGCGUCGUGGACCGGUGGCCUCAUCGCGCUGAUACAAUCUAGUCCGGAGGCGCCAUUGAUAUUCUCAGUCCUACAUCGUAUUUUCGUUGCUGAGCCAUUGGAGGAGCUGAAAACGAAAGCUUUGGCUAAUGGCAUAACCGAAGAUGAAUUUACGGCAUUCUUGGUUUACGCUUGUGGUGUAUUUGCGAAUGCUGGUAACUAUAAAGGUAUGGGUGAUAGCAAAAUCAUUCCGAAUUUGGAUGAGAAGAAAUUCGAAGAAAUUGUUAAGGUGUCCUCAGCAUAUUCGAAUGAUAAGAAUGUACCUGCUGCCUAUAAGAAAGUCGCUCCACUCAUAUAUGCAUUGAAACCGCGCAAUGAAAUUUUGGGUUUUGCUCCAAAUGGUAUAACCACAUAUUGGUCAGACAACUGUACAAAGGAAGAUGCUGAUAUUGUCAAUGAAUGGUUGACCUCGAAGCGUAUUGAACCCUAUAUGUGUCGUACAUUAAAGGUGGUGGAAAACGGUGAAACCAUUUAUGAUAUCAAGCUGGGAUCGGUAGAGACUUCCGAUAAGGAUGGUAUUACUUUACCAUUAGAAAGUUAUAAAGGCAAUAAUUUUCGUGUGACACGUGGUGACUAUCAAAAGUUACUGCAGGGUGUUAAUAAAAAUUUAGAGGAAGCAAAAAAGUAUGCGGCAAAUGAGAAUGAACAGAAAAUGAUUGAGCAUUAUAUUAAAUCAUUCCAAGAGGGUUCACUGGCUGACCAUAAGGAUGGUUCAAGGUGGUGGAUUAAAGAUAAGGGACCAGUUAUCGAAACUUAUAUUGGAUUCAUUGAAACGUAUCGCGAUCCAGCAGGUGGACGUGCUGAAUUCGAGGGCUUUGUUGCAAUGGUGAAUAAAGAAAGUUCUGCCAAAUUCGCCGAAUUGGUAAAUCGUGCCGAGAAGCUAUUAGAAUAUUUGCCUUGGACGGAGGCUUAUGAAAAAGACACUUAUUUGAAACCGGAUUUUACAUCGCUAGAUGUGCUGACUUUUGCUGGCAGUGGAGUCCCGGCUGGAAUCAACAUUCCGAAUUAUGAUGAGAUUCGACAGGAUGAAGGCUUUAAGAAUGUUUCGCUCGGCAAUGUGCUGGCGAAUAUUAACCGCAAAGAUCCGAUUCCAUUCCUCUCUGAAGAGGAUCAAGAGUUGAUGAAGGAAUACAAAGUAAAAUCUUUCGAGGUGCAAGUGGGUCUGCACGAGCUGCUCGGCCAUGGUAGUGGCAAACUUUUUCGCAUAGAUGAAAAUGGAAAAUUCAAUUUUGAUAAAAAUAAGACGAAAAAUCUUAUUACUGAGGGGCCAAUAGAAUCGUGGUACUUACCAGGUGAAACUUAUGACACGAAAUUCGGCGCCAUCGGCUCUUCCUAUGAGGAAUGCCGCGCUGAAGCUGUCGGUUUGUAUCUAUCGUUGAAAGAAGACAUUUUGGAAAUUUUCGGUUUCAAGGACCCUAUUGAACAAGAGAAAAUUAUAUAUAUCAACUGGUUAAGUUUAAUUUGGAAUGGCAUGGGAGUUGCUUUGGAAAUGUACAAUCCCCAAUCUAAACAAUGGAUGCAGGCCCAUUCACGUGCUCGCUUUGUCAUCAUGAAGGUGCUUUUAGAAGCGGGUGAAGGUUUUGUCACCGUCGAGGAGACAGAGGAGGGCAAAAAUUUACGUCUCACUGUUGAUCGCACAAAAAUACAGACUGUUGGCAGGAAGGCUAUCGAAGAAUUUUUGAGAAAACUGCAAGUUUACAAAUCAACUGCUGAUAUUGCAGCGGCAACUAAAAUGUAUGAACACUAUUCCGAGGUUAGUGAAGGUGGGUCACAUCCAUGGGCUAAGUGGCGUGACAUUUGUCUUGCGCAUAAGAAGCCACGCAUAAUCUUGGUACAGAGCAAUACCCAUGUGGAGAGUGAAAAGGUGAAUUUGAAAACGUAUGAAGCCACACACGAAGGCUACAUCAAGUCGUGGGUGGAUCGCUUCCCGGACACAGAAAUCGAUGAUAUUUUAGAAGAAAUUGUAGAAGAUGACAAGAAAUACUUUCAAAGUGCCUUUGGAAAUUGAACUAACUCUUAAUUAAAAUAAAUAUUUAAGUAUAUUUGUCAAACAAUGAAAA